CGUUGCAUUCUGGGACAUAAAUAAAGCGCAUUUAGGAAAACGGGGAGCACAAAGGAACGAUAGAGGCACCUUAUGAACUUUUAAUAGUAAGUUAGUGGAAUGUCUACUCUUAUAUUAAUGAAACUGCUGUUGUUGCUGCAGGAGUCCAGUUAAAUAGUCUAGUUGAAGCUGGAGGGAUGUGAUUGAGGAGCGGGAGCAGCGGGUAAAGUGUCGCCGUGUGUUGUGCUUCUCACCCCAGUCGGUCGGAGGUCUCUCCAACCCGAGGCCGAGGACCGGAGGCCGAGGACCGAAGCCCUGCUCCGUGAGAAGGACAUCGUCCCCCAAUUAAACCAAAGAGCAGUACUGUGCAACUUAGAAGAUGGGGGUCAAAACCUUCACCCAUAGUUCACCCUCCCACAGCCAGGAGAUGCUGGAUAAGCUCAACGCUCUCCGCAGCGAGGGCCACCUCUGUGACGUCACCAUCCGUGUCCAGGACAAGCUGUUCCUGGCCCACAAGGUGGUCCUGGCCUGCUGCAGCGACUUCUUCCGCACCAAGCUGGUCGGCCGCUCAGAAGAGGAAGACAAGUUUGUGCUGGACCUCCACCACGUCACGGUCAGUGGCUUCACCCCCCUCCUGGAGUACGCCUACACCUCCACCCUCUCCAUCAGCACAGAGAACAUCAUCGAUGUCCUGGCAGCCGCCAGCUACAUGCAGAUGUUUGCCGUGGCAAGCACCUGUUCAGAGUUCAUGAAAUCCAGCAUACUGUGGAGCUCCGGAAACAACGGCAACAACAAUUUAGGGGCAGACAAGCUGCAGGAGUCUGCGCCAGAGAGCGCGUCGUCGAACUGUGUCCUGACGCCCCUGGACGGCAGCCUGUCGCCCGUGUCGUCUGACUGCAGCUUGAUGGAGCGCAACGUGCCUGUGUGCCGGGAGUCGCGGCGCAAACGUAAGACCUACGGCGUCGCCAUGGCCUCGCCCGAGAGCCUCCUCAAAUGCCCCACGCAGCUAGUUGCCACCUCCCCUCAGAUCCCCCACCCCUCACCGUCCUUCUCGGACAGCGCGGCCCAGCCCGUGGAGUCGUCUCUGGCCUUCCCCUGGACCUUCCCCUUCGGCAUGGAUCGCAGGUUCCACUCUGACAAGUCCAAGCUCCCAGAGAGCCCCCGAGGCCUGGACCACGCCACGGCGGCGAGCGUGUCCUCGGUGGAGGCGCAGGUGGUCGGCCGGCGGCUGAGCGACUUCCUGACGUGCGAGAGCUCAAAGGCGGGGUCGUCGCUGAUGGCGGUGGAAGAGGAGGACGUGAGGGUGAAGGUGGAGAGGCUGAGUGAUGAGGAGGCCCAGGAGGGUUCCUCUCAGCCCGUCAGCGCGUCGCUGAGCGACCAGCAGACGGUGCCUGGGAGCGAGCAGGUCCAAGAGGAACUGCUCAUCAGCCCACAGUCUUCCUCUAUAGGGUCGAUGGAUGAGGGUGUCUCUGAAGCCUUGCCGUCAAUGCAGAGCACGUCGAACUCUAGAGGCGAAGAUGAUGAAAGGCUGGAUGGGAUCCAGUACCCCUACCACCUCUACAUCAGCCCCUCGGCCCGCUCGGGGGCCAAUGGCCCAGACAGGCCCUUCCAGUGCCCCACGUGCGGAGUGCGCUUCACGCGCAUUCAGAACCUGAAGCAGCACAUGCUCAUACACUCGGGCAUUAAGCCCUUCCAGUGUGACCGCUGUGGGAAAAAGUUCACGCGGGCCUACUCCCUAAAGAUGCACCGGCUGAAGCACGAAGGUAAACGCUGUUUCCGGUGCCAGAUUUGUAGCGCCACAUUCACGUCCUUCGGCGAAUAUAAGCACCACAUGAGGGUCUCCCGACACAUAAUCCGCAAGCCGCGGAUUUACGAGUGCAAAACGUGCGGCGCCAUGUUCACCAACUCUGGCAAUUUAAUUGUGCACCUCCGGAGUCUGAACCAUGAGGCGUCCGAACUAGCAAACUACUUCCAGAGCAGUGAUUUCCUCGUGCCCGACUACCUGAGCAAAGUGCAGGAGGAGGAGGAGGCGGCUGCAGCGGUGGCACUGGGGGUCCAGUACCAGCUUGAGGACCCCUCCCCCCACCUCCACCACCUUAAUCCAAUCUAUCCCAGCGACAGCACUUCUCCCACUACGGCCUCCGGCACCGCUGCCACCUCCUCCUGCUCCUCCUCCAUCCAGCUGCCGGUCAUCUCCCAGGUGUCGUCCUCCACCCAGCCCUGUGAUGGUUCCCCGCCGGGCUUCCUGUCUCACGAGCCGCCCCAGGAGCCGCCGGGGCCCCCCUCCCCCUCCAUCGAGACGGAUGUCGACGGUGGGAUGGUGGCCCUUGUGAAUGGCCCCGCGGCGGGGCAGGGGGCUGACGGAGGAGGGGGUGUCUCCAUGGAGGAGCUGCAGCAGCACGCCCAAGUCCAGGAGCUGGCCUCCAUGAGCGUAGAUUGAGGAUCCCCCAGCACAUUACCCCUUACAGCCCCUACACCCUUCUAGCCCCUACACCCUUCCAGCCCCUACACCCUUCCAGCCCCUACACCCUUCUAGCCCCUACACCCUUCCAGCCCCUACACUCUUCCUGCGCUUACGCCCUUUUAGCCGCUAACCUUUUCCAGCCCCUAUACCCUACUUUUGGAAAAAAAAGAAAAAGUGCCUGAGAUUCUGUGAAGUACUGUAGAGAGUGGGAAGAGAGGUCUUCACUUGCCAAUGCUGACUAAUCAAGUCUGUUUGGGCAAAUAAUAGUUCAGCAUUUAUAGUUCCCAUGCUAGUUUGUAUGAACAGAGACCUUCUCCUCUAGGGUCAUCGUUAUAGGCAAACUGUUAAUUGUUAAUGUUGCAAGAGCUUGUACUGUAAUUUUUAUAUCUGAAUGCUAUGUCUGUUGGGUGUCGUAAGGUGUGUGGUUGUGUUUUUAUGUAUGUGGAUUUUAGUUUGUAAAGACAAUAUGAGGAGGUAUGGAACCUUUCAGCUUUUCAUUAAGAUCAACAUUUGAUUGAUGCUUGUAUAGAAAUAUGAAUUGACUCCAUGUACGGCCUUUAACAGAGUUGUACAACUUCUGAAAAAAGAAUUGGACCCUGAUAUGUCCAUAAUAUGGUCAGGCAUUUUAGAAAAGUCUACUUGAGCAGAAGUUGAUCUGAGCUACUUUCUCAACUUUGUAAUUGAUCAACCAGAUCUAAAUGGAGAACAGCAGUAGUCAUGACCAGCAAUGUUUUCUAUGGCGAUUCUAUAUGGCUGAAAGACUUGCAGUAAGGUAGUUCUUCCACCACACUCACCUAUGGUUAGCGUUGGUGUCUCAUUUAUACCCUUUUUUGUUUUUACAAAUCCAAUUUUCUGUGGAAUCAUUUUGGGACAUGCAUGGAUCCCUGUUACGGCUGCCACCCAAAUCUAUCAGAAGCAUUGAGGUUUGAUAUGAUCAACAUUGAAAUACGUGGCCAUAUCUGUGGCAGACCUCUGUGCAAAGCCACUGUUUUAUAAUAUGUAUUAUGACAGCUGUUCAUAGAAAACAAUAUAGGCCUAGCUUAUACCAUACCUUUGCAAAGUCACGGCUAUGCGUGUGAAUGUUUUUACUGUGAGUGUAUCACUAUCAAUGAUUUAUGCUAAAGAGGCAGUAUUUCCACUCAUCAACAUCUGUUGAUAAUCAGAGCUCUGACAAGGCCUUUGUUGCUUUUUUUGUUCUGGCAGAAGCAUUUGGUUGAUUUCUUGUAGUCGGUGUAGUAGGCAUUCUGUACUAUGUCUUUAUUGUGUCUGGUAAAGAUAAUGAUACCUGUGGUAAUUUCCAUCAUUUGAAUACUACUGAUAUGUAUUACUGGUUUUAGAAAAUUGAGGUGCUCAUCUUUAAUAUGCCCCAUCCCCCGAGCACAGCUCAAGAGCAAAAGUUAAAAAUGUAAUCGAAAAAAACGCAGGAUCUCUGGUCUAUAAUGGUUUACAGUGUUUUUUUCUAAUUGGCCCAGUUAGGUGUCUUCAACAAUUCCAUCCAAUCAGUCAAAUAGAUUGUAAUUGCGUUUUUUCCUGUCUCCUUUCUCUUCAAACAAAGGCUUGAGCGUUUACCCUUUUAAAGAUGAACACGGAGUCGAGCUGUGUGGAAGUAUUUCAGAAAAUUCUGUCAUUGGUAUAACUUCUAUGGACAUCUGUCUUAAUGAAAAGAGAUCCCCAUCAUAUGCUAUAUUGUCAGAUUCUUUGGGAGGUUCAACUCCCCGUGACGAUUGCGCUGAAAUCAACUUCCUCCCACUCCACUCCCGAAUUUUGGACCAAAUGAUCUCGCCUCAUUCGAGAAGAUGCCACGGCAAUCAGUAAUUGCACAUAACCAAUUAAAGAUAAUCGUGUAUAAGGUCCAUGCUGCUUAGCAGAGGGGCUGUGCUUUUAUUGCCCCUUAACACUGUCUGAUAUUGUGCAUUUACGAGGCUAGCCUUACAAAAUGGACCUAUUCAAGUCGAGUUGCACAGUCAAACUUUUAAGAAGUAUUUUCUUUCUGUUCUCCAUUUGAAUGUUCUGAACUUUUUUAAUGUUGUCUUGUGCAGUGUUCAAACAUGUUUUUUGAUUAUGAAAUGCUGCUCUUUGUCAAAAAAAAGCGAAAGUGCCCAAAGUAUUUUUGUGAACCUAGUGUGCAAUAAUUUGACAAGUGUCGAAAAGGAUAUUUUGUGCUUGAAAAAAGUGUAAUUUUGUGUAAAUCAAUGACUUAAGGAAAGCUGAAGAAAAAGAGGCAAGGAUCCCAAUCAAUCUGUGAAAUCAAGCUUAUCUAGCAAACAGCUGGUUCUCUCCCAAUACGCCCUUCCAUUGUCAAGUUGCAUGUUCAUAUGAUUCUAUGAAUUGGAGAGCAUGUUCUGCUGCCUCCAUGGGCAACCCCUUCCUGAUGUUCUGUCAUGGCCUUAUUCCUAGAUGUCUUCAUCACCUUCUUUUGUUCUUCAAGCAUGUUUUUUAAUUUCUGUAAGUAGCUAUUUUUCUGUGCAAUGUUUUGUGAUAUCUUGAUUAUAUACAGUACAUGCCUUUUUGGUGUACAUUUGAUUGAUGAUUUUUUCCACUUCAUAUUUAAAUUUGCUAAGAAAAAAAAACUAGCUCUUCACGAGUACAAAUAUAUAUAUAUAUAAAUAUAUUUUUUGGGUGAGUUUUGUAUUAUGGUUGCUGUUAAAAUGAGUAUGCCAUCUUUGGAUCUUCUUGAUUAAUGUGAACAGGAGGGUGUGUGUGUGUGUGUGUGUGUGUGUGUGUGUGUGUGUGUGUGUGUGUGUGUGUGUGUGUGUGUGUGUGUGUGUGUGUGUGUGUGUGUGUGUGUGCGUGGGGGCAUGCAGGGUUGUGAUUGGUAGUCUUCACUUUGUGAGUGUCUUGAUGUGCAGUUAUACACAAAACGUACUAUAUUGCAUAUUCUUUUUACUGUAGGUUACUGGACUGCAACCUGCUAUGAGACAGAUGUUGUAUUUUGUGACUUUAAUACUGUAUUUCAAGCUGUUAGUUUCAAGAGUUUUGUUGAAAGUUCCCAGAUAGUAACGAGACCUGCACAUUAUAUGUUGUAAAAACAAAAAAGAGAAUAAACAUCAGUUUGUUGUA